AGACCACGCUACAGGCUAAAUAUCCACAUUUCACAAGUAAAGAGAGCGCUUGCUGUGUGAAACCAUGUUGCUAAAGUACCUCCUCUUUACCUCCCACUAAAUUGUAUCUCAUUCCAUGCCCUGACUACGGUCAUGCUUGUACGCUUCUUCACCACAUGGAUAGAUUUUCCUCCAAUCUUCGAAAUAAUUUUUAUUGAAUACGGAUGUCAGCAUCGUGUGAUUUUAGACCACACGAUUUUUUUUUUUUUGAUUUUUUUUUACUGUACCACUUUCAGGCUUCCGUUGAUCAUCAUGGCCCAAUACGCCAACUUUCUCUUCUUCCACAUCACAUGGCGGCUCGGCUGCUGCUUUUACAAUAAGGUGCUUGCUGUAUUGACCGCAACGGGGACUUUUCUUGUCUGGAGUUGAAAAUCAUGCCAACUCCAAGGGUGGGUAUUUUGCAUGAGCAAAUUGGAUCUCGCAGCGUUUAAAAAUGGCCGCCCUCAUCGUGUAGAUUGAGUUCCAUUUUAAGAAAGAAAAAACCCUUCCACCUCGAAAUCAAAUGUUCUCGGGCUCUUUGGUACAAUGGGCGAUCGUAAUAGUUAUUUUU